GGGCCGCGCCUGGAUCUGCGCCUCCGCCGCCGCCUGUGCGCCCGGCCGCUCCCGCCCGCCAUGGGCCGCUCCCGGCACCCGCCCGGCGGGCUCUGCCUGCUGCUGCUGCUGCUCUGCCAGCCCCUGCAGGACCGCGGCGCCCAGGCCGGGAACUGCUGGCUGCGCCAGGCGCGCAACGGGCGCUGCCAGGUGCUGUACAAGACGGAGCUGAGCAAGGAGGAGUGCUGCGGCUCUGGCCGCCUCAGCACCUCGUGGACCGAGGAGGACGUCAACGACAACACGCUCUUCAAGUGGAUGAUCUUCAACGGGGGCGCCCCCAACUGCAUCCCCUGCAAAGAAACCUGCGAGAACGUGGACUGCGGGCCCGGGAAGAAGUGCCGGAUGAACAAGAAGAACAAACCGCGCUGCGUCUGCGCCCCGGACUGCUCCAACGUCACCUGGAGAGGCCCGGUGUGCGGCCUGGACGGCAAAACCUACCGCAGCGAGUGCGCGCUGCUCAAGGCGCGGUGCAGGGAGCAGCCCGAGCUGGAGGUCCAGUACCAGGGCAAGUGCAGAAAGACCUGCCGGGACGUGUUCUGCCCGGGGAGCUCCACGUGCGUGGUGGACCAGACCAACAACGCCUACUGCGUGACCUGCAACCGGGUCUGCCCAGAGCCCGCCUCCUCCGAGCAGUACCUGUGCGGCAACGACGGGGUGACCUACUCCAGCGCCUGCCACCUGCGGAAGGCCACCUGCCUGCUGGGCAGGUCCAUCGGCUUGGCCUACGAGGGAAAGUGUAUCAAAGCAAAGUCCUGUGAGGACAUCCCGUGCAGCGGCGGGAAGAAGUGCCUGUGGGACUUCAAGGCCGGCCGGGGCCGGUGCUCCCUGUGCGACGAGCUGUGCCCGGAGAGCAAGUCCGAGGAGCCCGUCUGCGCCAGCGACAACGCCACCUACGCCAGCGAGUGCGCCAUGCGGGAGGCCGCCUGCUCGGCCGGCGUGCUGCUGGAGGUGAAGCACUCCGGAUCCUGCAACUGCAGCUUUCUGCUGUCCCGCGUGCGGCUGCACCGCGCAGCCGCCUGCACUAACCCUGACGUGAGGACCCGCGCUGGUGCCUAGAACACAAGAACGCUUUUUGUCUGAUUUCAGGAUCUGCCCGUUAAGCCUGAGCCAUUGAUUCUUCAGAACUUUCUGCCGUUGUUGACUUCAUAGAUUAUGGUGGUGUUCUCGGUGUUUCUUUCUUUUUUUUUUUUUUUUUUUUUUUUUAGCAUUUUUAAAAAACGUAUUGCAGAACAGCAGAUGCCAAAAAAUAAAAAUAAAAACAUAAAGAGCAUCUCCCUGCAAGUCACGUAAAAGUGCACCGCGGUCACGUGGCUGCAGAGGGCCACGCACCCUGAGCGGCUCUGGCCGGUGUGGUCCGCGUUAAACAGCAGCUCCCUGUGUUCCCCCAUCUAGCCAUUUCCGAAGACACCGAGGAGGAGGAGGAGGACGAAGACCAGGACUACAGCUUCCCCAUUUCCUCCAUUCUAGAGUGGUAAAGCCGCCCGCCGCGCAGGCCGGGCGGGACACAGAAAGGAGAGGAAGGAAGGGGGGAGAUACAUAGUGUCCAUACUGUACAUAAGUGUAUGCUUAUUUAUUGGGGGACAGUACGCCUGGAGGACCCCGGUCCUCCGGCUCUCUCCCCGGCCACCUGUUACUCCUCCGACCAGAGAGGCCGCCCUGCAAGGUCUCCUGGCUGAGGCCCGUCGCCGAGACGUGUAGACAUUUAUUUAUACUGUGUCAUGUUUUAUAAUUUAUACAUAAAGUGUCUGGUUGACUGUACGCCUUGUUUUUUUUUUGUUGUUUUUUUUUUGAAGAAAUUUAUUCGUGAGAGGAAGAGCAGUUAUUUAUUGUGAGGUCUCUUGCUUGUGAAGUGACGGCUUUGUUUGCCUUGUAAACCAUCGAACCAUUCCUCCCCGGCCACGCACCACCCCCCCCCAGCCCCCCACGGCCCCGUCCGGCCUCGGGCUCCGCGCCCCUCGCACGAACCUGCACGUCGGUUUGUCCUGUUUAUUUAUUGGGUUCUCUGCUGCCUGCUCUGUGCGCACACGCCCCCUCAGGUUUUGUUUACAUGGGACCCUGGCUGACCAAAAGGCCUUGUCAGUGGCUCAGACAGGAGGCCCAGGGGCGCAGCUCGGAGGAAACGCCGACCCCCGUCCUCUGGUUGUGAUGGAGACGUGGUGAGGCCGAGGUGGCGGCGGCCUCAGGCCUCUGGUCAUCAGAGCUCUUAAGGUGUUCCAGACCCAAAGAGGCGGAGUGAUGGGUGUCCGGGGGGCGGGGGGUGGACGGAGGGGGGUGCUCCCCACCCACUUGCCUUUCGCUCGGUGUUUCCUGGAAGCUGGGCUCCUGUACCUUUAAAAUUCGUUCCUUUUCCCACCGGUGUGUCACCACAAGUCCUAUCAGAGCUUUCUCAGUUCAAGUUUCUUGCUUUUCAUAAUACUUUUUUUCCUGAUGCAAUUUUAUACUCUCAAACAUGGCAAGUUAAAUAAAAACUCAUUUAAAUAUAUAGUUUUGUACUUUUUCUACCAUGUAAAUGUGCAAUGUACAUAAAAGUUAUAAUGUGUAUUUGUAAAUAAACGAUGAGUGAAAAAAUAAAAAAACUUUAAAAAGCC